AUGUCCCAGCAAGAUCUAAUUAUUGGAGGUUGUGUGUUCACCCUUCCUUUCGGGUCCCUCGCUGCGAAGCAGUCGUCCUCGGUCGAUCGAUUCAGCGAAUUUCAUGCCAAAGCCCAAGCUUUUUCCCCAUUGAAGCUUGCUGACUCGUCCUACAAAAAGCUUACGUCGGUCCCACGAGACUAUUCGGUCGCCGUACUGUUAACUGCUUUGGAUGCGCGCUUUGGCUGUCAGCUCUGCACCGACUUCCAGCCUGAGUGGGAGGUGUUGGCAAAGAGUUGGAUUAAAGGCGAUAAAAAUGGCGAAUCUCGUUUGAUUUUCGGUACUCUUGAUUUCUCCAACGGAAGGGAGACAUUUAUAUCUCUGGGCCUUCAAUCAGCACCUGUGCUACUCUUUUUCCAACCCACAACUGGUUCACAUGCUGUCCCUACCGUCGAAGCUAUUCGUUAUGAUUUCAGCGGUCCCCAAACUGCCGAAAAGGUUCAUGAAUGGCUUGCCCGCCACCUCCCUGACCGGCCUCACCCGCCGGUGAGCCGACCAAUUAAUUACAUUGGAUGGAUCGUAUCAAUCGUCGCGAGCCUGGGCAUUGCUGGUGUCAUCUUCAAUGCUUGGCCGUAUAUACUACCUGUCAUUCAGAAUCGAAACGUCUGGGCAGGUCUGAGCUUGAUUGGCAUUCUCAUGUUCACAAGUGGUCACAUGUUCAACCAGAUACGUAAGGUACCAUAUGUCGCCGGCGAUGGACGCGGUGGCAUCAACUAUUUUGCCGCCGGGUUUCAAAAUCAAUUUGGACUCGAAACGCAAAUUGUUGCUUUUAUAUACGGCGUUCUCUCCUUUGCUACGAUCUCCUUAGCUGUCAAAGCCCCGAGGGUUCGAGAUCCCAAGAUCCAACAACUCACGGUUAUUGUUUGGGGCGCUAUUUUGGUCCUCAUGUACAGCUUCCUGCUCUCCGUGUUCCGGGUUAAGAAUGGCGGCUAUCCUAUCAAGCUUCCACCAUUCAUGUGAGGGUCCACACAGCAACAAUUAUGAAGAAUAGGAGGCUUGGCUUAGCCCGACAAGAAAGGGAGAUAAGAUAUCAUCGUACAGUUUCGUACAGUUUGAUGUUUCGGUACGGCGUAAAUCUGCCCGUCUGGUAUGUGCAAACCAUGGGAUUCGGUAGGGGAUCUUGAAAAAUUAGAGGCAAUAGACCAAAG